GUGGGUGUAGGUGUGUGGGUGCGGGUGGGUGUGGGUGUGGGUGUGGGGUGUGGGUGGGUGUGGGUGUGGGUGUGGGUGUAGGUGUGUGGGUGUGGGUGUGGGUGUGGGUGAAGGCUUUUAUCCAUUUCCAGUACGGCGACAUCCACACACCCACACCCACACCCACACCCACACCCACGCACACCCACACCCUAGUUUUUUAUCAGCUGAUUCAUUAAUGCAAUUAGACUAGUCAAGAAUAUGUUGAUUUGGUAAUAAAUCAUUUCAGUUAUUUCUUUGUUUAGUCUGUAAUAAAGAUAAAAUUCUUCUCGAUUAUUAAAAAAAACGUGGUAAUUAUAUACCUAUACGAGAAUAUCUUCAACAACAUUUAACAGAUAAGGUUUAAAUGAUUAUACACAUAAUUGUCGUAUUAAAAUUUGUCGACAUUAAAUUGCAUGAGAUUCGAAUACUUGGAUAUCAAUCAUAUACUGUAAAUGAUGAAUUAUCCACUUCAUAUUUUUUUGUGGAUUAAAAAAAUUAAAUUUGUUAAAACCAGUAUCAUUUGAAAAGAAUAAUAUUGAUCAUUUAAAUAUAUAAAUUAUACUAAGACAUACAUCGAAUCUUCUCAAUUAUAUCGACUUAAUAAAGAUUUAUACAAGUAUCUUAUGAUAAAGAAAAAAAAACAAAUAAAAUAAUUGAGAUUACCUAAUAUAUUCUAUAGUUGUAAUAGUUGAAUUUCCAUACUAAUUAUAACAUAUACGAGAUGGCGAUGGAGUUCCAUAGACAAUUUGUAAUUUUUUUUUUAAUUCUUUUCCUUUCGAAAACUUCAAUCUUGAAAGUGAAAUGAGUGUAAUUUCUGAACAAUUGACAUUAAUUAACAUGAAAAUAAAAUUCAAUGAUCAUAACUCUAAUGCAAUAUAUUUUACCUAUCUGAGAUUUUUGAAUUUUUAGAUACUUAUAAUAAUAAAUGACUAAAAGAUUUCGUUGUGGUCGUUUGACACUAACCAAAGAUGGUACAAUACGAAAACUUGAACUUGAAAAUGGUGAUGUUCUAUCAACGAUUGAUGAUAUAGAAUCUAUCCGAUCAACUAUAAAUUUACAUGAUGAAUAUUCAUUAUGCUAUGCGAAACGAAAAAUUUCAUCAAUAAGAAAUCAAAUUAAUAAGACAUUUGAUGAACAAGAUAUUAAUAAUUCUAAAUUUGAAUUAGAUCGACAAAUUUAUAUAUUAUAUAAGAAGACAUUAAAAACAAUAGAACUUUUAUUAAUAUCUCUUAAUCAUUAUCAAAUGUAA